AUGGCUCGUAAAUUCUUUGUUGGCGGUAACUUCAAAAUGAACGGGACUGUCAAGUCCAUCCAAUCCAUCAUCGAAAAUCUAAACAACGCACAGUUGGAUUCCAACACUGGCAAGUCUUCCUACUUGCUAACUCUUUCACUCUACCUCCUCACAUCCCUCGCAGCCGCCAAACCUCACAUCCAAAUCUCCGCUCAAAACGCAUACAUCGCGUCCUCCGGAGCGUUCACGGGCGAAAUCUCCCCUACUCAACUCAUCGAUGCGGGCAUCCACUGGGUCAUCCUCGGCCACUCGGAACGUCGUACCCUGUUUGGCGAAACCGACGAAGUUGUGGCUGACAAGACCAAGGCUGCACUCGCUGCUGGUUUGAGCGUCAUUUUGUGCAUUGGAGAGACGCUCAACGAGCGCGAGGCCGGGAUAACCAAGGACGUAUGCGAGAGGCAGCUUGCGGCUGUUAAAGCCAAGAUAUCCGAUUGGAGCAAGAUUGUAAUUGCCUAUGAGCCGGUGUGGGCCAUCGGGACUGGAAAAGUCGCGACUUGCCAACAGGCACAAGACGCACACAAAGAUAUUCGCUCAUGGGUGGCGAGCAAUGUUUCCUCCCAGGUUGCCGAAGAGAUUCGCAUCAUUUAUGGAGGUAGUGUGAAUGCGGGUAAUUGCAAGGAGAGCGCCUCCCAACAAGAUGUCGACGGCUUCCUUGUCGGAGGUGCUUCCUUGAAGCCCGAAUUCGUUGAUAUCGUGAAUGCGACCGCAUACCCUAGUGGCAACUAG